AUGAAUAAUUCUACACAAGGUUUUUCUAAUAUACAACUGCUACUACAAUCUACGCAACUGACACCAAAUAUACAGCAGUUACCCCAUUCAAUGCCAACAUGUAUACAACAGCCUUAUAAUAUGCCAACACAUAACGUCUUUACAGUGAAUUUCGAUAUACAGUCAAAUAUUAUACAGCAAGCUGAUAUAACACCAGAAUACAUACAACAAAAUGCGACUCCAGCAAGACUUUAUGAAGAUACUUGGAAAUCUAGCCAAUCGGUAAAAAUAAUAUCUGAACAUUCAGAAAAGUUAGUAAGGUGUAUGAUAGAAUGUAAUCUAAGAAGCUAUGAUUCUUCGCAAUUUAGCGACCACAAAUUUAUUGGAAGCGGGAGGUGCGCAAUGGUAUACUCAGCAAUUUUUGAAGAAAAAUCAUAUGCAUUAAAAAGUCUGAAUAAUAACCUACGUGUUGAUGAUGAAAGCAUUGAAGAAUUCAUACGUGAGGUAGUUUAG